CGUCAGUGUUGUGCGCGCCGCCGUCCGGGCAACUGGACGUGUGAGAAGCGGUGGUCCUGUAGUCCAAUACAUUCAGCUGGUGAUAUCUGUGCAACCGACCUCAACUGAUUAACUCUAGUGAAUAUUUUCUGUGACUAAUCUGGAAACAAAUCGUAUUCAGUUCAAAAAUGUGGGAUUGCGGAGGAGAAACAGUAAUGUGAUAAGAUCGUUGUACGUUAUCAAUUAAAAUAUUUUAUGAUGAGUUUUGUCAAGAAAUCUCAAUUAUUCAGACUGUGGAAGCCAUCCAUCAAAGACAAUUACGAUGGAGAUAGUUGUGGUUAAAAGUGCUAUAGUUGUUUGUUACAAAUGAUUCAAAUGGUUUGAUCGAAGUACUGUUGUAUUUUAAGGUAAAUACUGAAACUUUGAGUGCAUACGAAUACACGAAUUUGUGGUGAAACACGUAAGGCACUUUAUCUGGUGGAUUGGAGAAGGCAAGUUUUUAACUCCUGCGCCCAUCCCGGUAAUGUAUGGUCCAUUAUUCCGGCCCCGCAAACUUUCCGAGAGUUCGGAGCGGAUUAAAGAGAUCCCAAAGUACACUUUUCUUCCAAAAGAGGCCGAAUUAAAUUACACGGAAAACUUAACUGCCGAGUUAACAGAGUUCAUUCCUCUUCCGGUAAAUUUAUGGUAAAAUUGUCCUGUCAACUUGAAAUGUUCCUUCCUCAAGGCUAACUAUUAGUGUAAUUUAUUUGUUUUCCUAAAGAAACCAAGGUAAUGUUGUUGACCUCGUGUAGACUGUUGAAUUUAGUGUUUCUACCCAAUAUUAGCACUGUUGUUCUACGAAUUUCAUUGUUAUGUGAUAUGUUGUUGUGACUUAGACUUUGUACACAUUUUCUCUCUCCGUGUUCUUGUUAAAUUUGAUAGCAUCUUCCAGUGUUAGUGUUAGAGGUGUUUGUGCGAUAGUGUAACCAUGAUCUUCAAUAUAUUCUUAGUCGUCUCGACCUAUUUCUGCAUGACUCAAGAAGGCGUCGCUGCUUCAGGGGAGGAUUUCCUUUCAGAACUCGAUAGACCAAUUCCCAUUUCGGAUGUGGAAGGAGUUCUGAUGAAGAAAGUGUUGCUACCAUGCGAUAUAUCCACCAAAGGGGAAAACGACGCAGUCUACAUGGUUCUAUGGUUCAAAGAGUCUGGCGGUGAACCGAUAUACAGUUUUGACGUGAGGGGUCGUAGUUUUGGCCAAGCGAAACUAUGGUCUUCAGAAAAUGCGUUUGGAAAACGUGCAUAUUUCCGGACAGCUACGAAGCCAGCUCAGUUGUUGGUUGACGAGCUUCACUUGGAAGACGAGGGACUUUACAGAUGUAGAGUUGACUUUCGUAACUCACCUACCAGAAAUUCCAAGAUCAAUCUCACUGUUAUUGUACCACCAGAUCAUCCAACGAUAUUCGACAAGGAAAGAAGAGACAGAACAAAAACAAAGAUCCCCUGGAAUGAAGGCAGCGACGUGGUUCUAAGCUGUGAAGUGCCCGGAGGUCGUCCGAGGCCGAAGGUCAUCUGGUUCAUGGAGAACACCGUAUACGAUGAGUCGUUCGAGUACGUAGGUGAAAAUUUGACUGUGAACAGGAUGCGGUUACCCGCGGUUGGAAGACAACAUCUAGAGAAGCGGCUGGUCUGUCAGGCUUCCAACACCCAACUCAUGACACCGCAGUUCAAAGUUGUCGUCCUUGACAUCAACCUGAAGCCAGUGGAUGUGACAAUAUUAAACAAGGAGAAGCAGAUAUCAGCUGAUAAGAAGUACGAGGUUGAAUGUAAAGCCACUGGCUCUCGACCUGAGGCAACGAUCACGUGGUACAAGGGUAGCCGCCAGGUUCACAAGAUUGCUAAGACAGUUAAUCGGCACUCUGACGACGAACACCAGAUCAGCAUGCUGUCUUUUAUACCCUUGAUAGACGAUGAUGGCAAGUAUCUCACCUGUCGUGCUGAGAACACCGCCAUCGCUGACGCUGCCAUCGAGGACAAGUGGAGGCUCAAUGUGCACUAUAUGCCCGUUGUGACUCUCAAAAUGGGGUCCAGUCUGAAUCCUGAUGACAUCAAGGAGGGGGAUGAUGUCUACUUUGAGUGCAAUAUCCGUGCCAAUCCUAAAGCCUACAAGCUUGCUUGGUUCCAUAACGGCCAAGAACUACACCAUAACGUGACCAGUGGGGUGAUAUUGAGUGAUCACAGUCUCGUGUUACAAGGGGUGACUAGGCAGACUGCUGGGGACUUUACCUGCCUUGCUGCUAACACAGAGGGCAAGGGGACUAGUAACCCUGUGGCGCUGAAAGUCAUGUUUGUGCCAACCUGCAAGGAGGAGAGGGAGGAACUCUACGGCGCCCUGAAGCACGAGACUGUUCACCUUAAAUGUGAAGUGGACGCAAAUCCUCCAGUCGUAACGUUUCAGUGGACGUUCAAUAACUCUGGAGAGCAGACGGACGUGCCAUCCUCUCGGUACACUAGUCAGGGGACCGUAAGUCGCCUCAACUACACUCCUGUCAGCGACAUGGACUACGGCACCCUGAGCUGCUGGGGUGCCAACAGUGUAGGACAGAUGAGGGCGCCAUGCGUCUACCAGGUGGUGGCGGCUGGCCGCCCCUUUCCCCUGCUGAACUGCACUGUGACUAACCACACAAGCGACUCACUGCACGUCGAGUGUCUCGAGAGUUUCGAUGGUGGGCUGCCGCAGAUGUUUCUCAUGGAACUACUGGAACUGCCGGAGAGGACCCCUCGCUUCAACGUUACUGUGACGAGAGCUCCACCUAUUUUUGAGAUCUAUGGUAUAGAGUCGGGCGCCAGCUACCAGGUCAACUUGUACGCACUCAACGCCAAAGGUCGCAGCGACCCUGUAACCCUGGAAACUGUCACUUUCAAAGGUGUUGCCAAGUAUAUUGGCCCUGUGACAACUGUGACGAUCACUCCUGUGCUGACAUGCCUGCUGGCUACUGCUGGGGCGUUGCUGCUGGUCACUCUGUGUGUGGCUGCCGCGCUCUACCGCCGAAGACAGGCGCGCCGCCGCCCAACCGUCAAACUGGAGUCACUGGACAUGGACGACACCCUGAGCCACGGCGCUGUUCUCAUUACCGCCAACAACACUGCUCCCUCCCCCGCUGACGAGACUGAUCCUGACAUCAUUCCUAACAAAUAUGAGAGGAGGCCUCUGAAGGGAUUCAUGAAAAUUUACAAGACGCCUCCGCAGCGGCGGAGAAAAAAGGACGGGAGUGAGGAAGGAGAUUUCGUCUCAGAGACUGACGAUGUCGAGACUACGCUUAACCACCUUCAUGCAGCCAAAGAAAACAUAGCUAAUAACACCCAUAUUGUCAAUAACUGCAGUACGCUGAGGGCACACAAGGGGGUGACAGCAUCCAGUCCAGUGGGAAGCGUACCAGUGUUGACCCGCCCCAACCAUGUCCAUCCCCCCACCACUCUGGGUCCCGCCCUUAACCACGCCCACCCUCCAACCACUCUGGGCCCCAACCAUAACCACAAACUGGGUCCCGAAGUCGUUACGGCCUCGCACAGAAUCCAAGAAAGCUGUAUAUAAAUGUAGCUCUUUUAUAUUUGUAAAUAUCUUAAAUAUGUUUCAAAUAAAACUGUCGAAUUAUUA